CUAAUAAUGUGGCGGCAGAUGAUAAAUCAAUGGUUUUCUCAAUCCUUUACUUUAUACCGUCGCUCUAUCGAAUGAUCCUUCACGAGAAGAUAUAUAACUUUUAUCCAGAAAUCGAGAGAAAAUUUACGCUCCCCGGAUUUUCUUUCCAUCCAAACACUCCUUUUCUCUUACUGAUUUCUCUCUCAUUUGCAUCUGUCUAACGCCCCUCCAUUUUUAUCACUUUCUUAGGAAACAAAAGCGAGCCAAAUCGCCCUCACCAGGCGAGAAAAGAAGGUAUGCUUAGUUUAUUUUCGAGCCUUUAAAAUAAUAUAUUUCUAGGGUUUCGGAUUAGCUCUAGUUCUUGCAAUGAUAUCUGUCGUAAAAAGCGAUAGAGAAUUAGUAACAAAUUCGAAUACGAUCGAAGAUAACCGAGGAGAAGCUAGGGUUUCUGGUGACGUUGCUGAUAGCCCCGAUGAAGAGAAAGCCAGGAUUUCUGGCUUGGAGCGUGAUUCCAAAGCUCAAGGGAGUGGAGCUAUUGCUAGGGUUUUAGAGAAUAAUGGAUCUACUGAAGAGCUUAACGCUAUGGUCGGAGUUGGUGAGGUUGAUGUAGAUGAGGAAAUGGAAGAAGAAUCUGGAGCUUUUGAAGUAACAAACGAGAAAAACCCAAGUUUUGUUCAAUUCGACCUACAAAAUGACCGAUGUGCCGUAUCUAGAGUUAAUGCGAAGGGAGAGGUUUAUAAUUCCUUUAUGUCUGAGUUCGAUGAUUUUGUUGCCAAUGAGAAGCAUGAGGCCAUGGCUGGAACAUCUAGGGCAUUGAGUUAUGGUUUUGAACUGGGUGAUAUGGUUUGGGGGAAGGUGAAAUCACACCCAUGGUGGCCAGGGCAUAUUUUCAAUGAGGCCUUUGCAUCAUCUUCGGUGAGGCGCACCAGGAGAGAGGGUUAUGUUUUAGUUGCAUUCUUUGGGGAUAGCAGUUAUGGGUGGUUCGACCCAGCUGAGCUUAUUCCUUUUGAUCCCUAUUUUGCUGAAAAAUCGCAGCAAACGAAUUCAAGGAAUUUUGUCAAAGCUGUGGAGGAGGCUGUGGAUGAGGCGAGCAGAAGGCGUGGGCUUGGUGUGGCUUGUAGGUGUAGAAAUAAGUAUAAUUUUAGGCCAACCAACGUGCAAGGAUAUUUGGAAGUUGAUGUACCAGAUUAUGAGCCAAGAGGAGUAUACGCGGCAAAUCAAAUAAAGAAAGCUCGGGAUGGGUUUCAGCCCAGCGAGACUAUUGCUUUUGUGAAGCAAUUGGCUUUGGCACCACAAGGGUGUGAUCGGAGUACUAUUGAUUUUAUUAAGAAUAGGGCUACAGCUUUUGCAUUACGUAAGUCAAUGUUUGAGGAGUUUGAUGAGACAUACGCACAGGCAUUUGGAGUUCAGCCAAAACUUCCUGCUAAUGAUCCAGCAAGUUUAUUAGAUCAGCCUGUUAAAGAUCCAACCCGAGCCCCUUUGAGUGGUCCACUAGUGAUAGCAGAAGCUCUUGGUAGUGGAAAGAGCCACAAAAAACCUGUGAAAGUGAAGGACCAUUUGAAGAAGGAUAGGUACCUCUUCAAACGAAGAGAUGAACCUGUCGACUCACAGACCCUUCAGCUUGGCCAAAGGCAAGCAACUUCCUCGGCCCCUGCAGCAUAUGAGGAAGGUUCAUCAGCAAUAUUAACUGGUGACUAUGUUUUGCAGAAAAGGGCUCCAAUACCUAUUUCAGCAAAACAUGAAAAUGCUGGAAUUAUCAUCAAGGAAGUUGCAGGUCCUAGUGAAGAUGUACUUGGUAAAGAAGCAGUAAUCUUAGAUCAGGGUCAAAAAUAUCUGGGUGGUCAAACUACCCGAGAUACUACUUUAGAUGAAAAAUCAUCUUAUGAUAAGGAGAAGGAUGCUUUGCAAGAAACAAAGGACAAACUGGGGUCGGAUGUGGUUGCGGUCCUCACAAGUAUGGGUCAGUCUGAUAUUUCUGUGAAGGGAUUGUCUCAGGGUGUAACAGAUAGUGCAUCACCUUCUUUUCAGGAAGGUAAUGCCGUUGUUGAUAUUAGAUAUGAUGAGAAUGCAAAAGCUUCUAGAAUGAAUGAAGAUUCUACACAAACUCUGAGUUUUCCUGCAAGAACUGAAGGAGACAGUAGUUUGGAUAAGCUUCAUGAUGCUCGACCAAGUUCCCAUCUGUCACCAGUUGAUGCAAAGUGUCCUGUUGCAGUGAGUUCUGAUGUUGGAGUGAAGAAGCCCAAAGUUCUUAAGCGCCCUUUGGGGGACGUGGGCUCUGAGAACUCUAUUGUAAAGGUAAAAAAGAAGAAAAAGAAGUUGGGUCCAGAAACAAGCCCUGAUCUUCCAAAGAAGCGUUUGGCCAUGGGAACAGGAGGGGCAUCAGUGGGAAAAUCUAGUCUAAUCAGUGUGGCUACCAGAGAAGAUCCUCGGGUAAACCACCAGAAGAAAGAUGUUGGCACCAGUAAUUCCUCAUUCAGUAGUGGGGUAAAUAUUGAGCUUGAGGUACCACAUCUGUUAAGUGAAUUGCAUGCACUCGCUGUUGAUCCCUGUCAUGGUGCUGAAAGGAAGAGUCCUCCAUUUACAAUGCAGUUCUUUUUGCGAUUCCGGUCCUUUUUUUACCAGAAAAGCUUGGUUUCAUCACCUCCAUCUGAGAGUGAGCCCAUUGAAAUUCGUGCAACUAAAUCUCCAUCUGCCGUUGUUGUUUCUGACAGUUCUGCUGGUGAGAAUGUUAGAGAUUUCUCAACUGCAAAACCUGUAAAACCCAUGGUCAGACCAGAUGAUCCAACAAGAGGUGGACGAAAACGACUGCCUUCUGAUCGUCAAGAAGAAAUUGCAGCAAGGAGGUUGAAAAAAAUCAGUCAGUUGAAAUCGUUAACUGCAGAAAAGAAGGCAGUUCAGAGAACUUUGGAAACCCAUCGAUCAGAAGGGAAAGAACUGGCGACAGCAGCUCCACCAAAACCAGCCAAAUCAGAGUCUUCCAAGAAAAUAGAGCCUCAGCAUAGAGCAGUAGAGCCAACCAUGCUGGUGAUGAAGUUCCCUCCUGGAACAUCUCUUCCCUCUGUUGCUGAGCUGAAGGCCAGGUUUGCUCGAUUUGGCUCAAUAGAUCAGUCAGCUAUCCGUGUCUUUUGGCAGUCCUCAACAUGCCGUGUUGUGUUCCGGCACAAGCUUGAUGCGCAGGCAGCAUAUAAGUAUGCUGUUGGGAACAAUUCCUUAUUUGGUAAUGAUGUUAGUGUGAGGUACAGUGUUCGGGAAGUAGGAGCUCCUGCACCUGAGGCACCUGAAUCUGACAAGGGAAGAGGAGAUGACACUUCCCUUGAGGCUCCACGAGUCAAGGAUGCAGCAAAUGAAAGACUACUUAUGCAGCAGCUUCUUCCUCAGUCAAGCAUCCAGCUGAAGUCCAUUUUGAAGAAACCAACAGGCGAUGAGGCAGGGCAGGUAACUGGUGGUAAUGGUGGUAGAGGGACAGCUCGUGUAAAAUUCAUGUUGGGUGGGGAAGAAACUAGUAGGGGAGAGCAAUUGAUGAUUGGUAAUAGAAACUUCAACAACAAUGCUAGUUUUGCUGAUGGUGGUGCACCUACUUCUUCUGUUGCUAUGGAUUUUAAUAGUAAGAACUAUCAAAAGGUUAUGCCUCCAUCUCCAUCUCAAUCGCCUAUUCUCCCCCCUCCUAGUCAAUUUGCAAAACUCCCAUUUAAUAACACGCAUCAUACUGAAGUAGCUCCCAGAAAUUUUCAUAAUCAGAAUAUUCCUAUUGCUCCACCUAGCACGCCGAGCAUAGACAUUUCACAGCAGAUGCUAAGCCUUUUGACCAGGUGCAACGAUGUUGUAACCUCUGUAACGGGCUUGUUAGGCUAUGUGCCUUAUCAUCCUCUCUGAUGGCUACUACUGUACGGGACGAUACUCGCUGAAUUACUACAAGAAAAAGCCACCGAACCCAUGUCCAAACCUCUGCAUGCAUGGCUUUUUGUAAUAAAGGAGACAAGCUGCACAAUUUUUUCCUCAUGGGACGUGUUUGUGGGCACCAAGAGCUGCUAAAUCAGACGCUAAUUAAGGAAAAUACAUAUGGAUAGUGAUUGGUCUUGUGUUGUGUUGCUUGAGCCUUUUGAGUAAAUGUAACCGUAUAGAUAGUGCCAUCUUUUUUUUCUUUUUUUUUUUGCAUUUCCUUUUUUAUUUUCUGGGUAAUAUUUACUCUUAUAGGCUUGACCAACUUGACUCUUUGCUUUGUGCUUGAAAUGCAUGUUAAUGUAUUAUUGGACUUAGAUUCUA